AUGCAAAUCAGCACAGUGCCCACCAAUAUGAAAGGCUACCCUGUGCCACUGCUCACAGCCAGUGAGACAGGCCCUGCAUCUACAAAUAUCGCAGUUAGCACGAUGAUUGUCAGCAGCCAUUCCUCAGCCAGCUCGCAUGCCAAAAUACCGGUAGUGGGCAUGAGCACAUGGGUGACUUCUGCUGUAGCCGGGUCCUCUUCUGGCACGGGGGCCGCCUCCACUGCAUCUGUGUCUGGGAGUCCAGAAGGAAGUACACCUGCUUCAGUCCCGGGGAUCAGUGGCCCCACUGCCACGGAAGGCAGCACGGCCCCAGAGUCCCCAGCGGAAUCCAGCACCCUGUUCCCAGCACCCAGCGAGGCUGUAUCCUCACCAGUGACUGAUGCCUCCAUGACUCUCACACCCGUGCCCUCUACUGAGAGCACCUCUGCAUCCUCCGCCACUGUAGGGACCAGCACGACGGACACCGCUCCUGGUGCCAGCAGGGCCACCAGUGCAGAGCCUGUGGACAGCACCAGUUUUUCAGCUGCUACGAAGCACACCAGCCCAGUGCCCACUUCUAGCCUGGGCUCCUCCCUGCCUAUCAAAACAACCAGUGAGCCAGGCGCUGCGUCAGCCAGCCUCCCAGCCAGCACGAUGCCUGUCAGCAGCCGACCCUCAGCAAGCUCGCCUGUCCCCACCCCGGUGCUCGGCCACCAUCUCUCAGCCUGUGGACAGCACCAGUCUUUUGGCCCCUAUCACACAUACCAGCCCAGUGCCUACCUCUAG